AUGGUACGAUAUCUGCCAUCGACUUUCUGCCUUCCCUCUCGCCGCCUUUUUACUCAAACCGCUCGCCGAACCGCCUUCGCGACAGGCCCAGCACCACCACGUCUACCUCCCAAAGAACAGGAAGAAUUCGAGCGAUUACAAAAGUCAUCGACGGGCGCAUUCAGUACAGCAAAGCCUGCCGCCGAAUCCACAUCUUCCCCGGCUCCCUCUGGGUCUCGGCCGCAAGUAAACCAAUCUCCAGCGUCCAAACCCGAAUCAGACGAGGCCCAGAUAAAUGCAAGAGUGGAAGCGUCAGGAAAAGGCGACGAACUACAUCCGGAUAUUAGGAGAGGCGCAAAGCCAGAAUUCGAAGGAGAUGUCAACCCUAAGACUGGAGAAGUUGGUGGGCCAAAGAAUGAUCCAUUAAGAUGGGGGGCUAAGGCGGAUUGGAGUUAUAAUGGAAGAGUGACUGAUUUUUGA